AUGUGUGUUUUUGUGCUCAUAUAUGUUGAUGACAUCAUUAUCACUAGCAAUGCAUCAUCUACCAUUAAGCAUCUUAUUCUUAAUCUCAAAACUGAAUUUGCUGUUAAAGAUCUUGGUCCCUUGUCAUAUUUUUUAGGCAUACAGGUCACUCCUACAUCUGCAGGUCUUCAUUUAAAUCAAAGGAAAUAUGCACCUGAUUUACUCUACAAAUUGAAGAUGGAAGGUGCUAAACCAGCCUCUACACCCUGUACCUCAGGCAGCAAGCUUUCAAAGCUCUCGGGUGACCCUCUCCCUGAUCCUACCGAAUAUAGAACAAUGGUGGGAGCUCUCCAAUACUUGACACUUACAAUGCCAGGCCUCUCCUAUAGUGUCAACCAGCUAUGCUAG